UAGAACGAACUCUCUCAUACACUUGAAUCUUCUUUAUAAAUUUUGCUUCUUUGGAUAAUUAACCAUGUCACAGCAAGCAUUCAAUGCUGGCCAAACCAAGGGCCAAGCUCACGAGAAGGCCGAGCAGUGGACUGAGUCUGCCAAGCAGACUGCACAAUCAGCACGUGAUAAGACUGCAGAGGUGGCACAAUCAGCACAUGACAAGGCAAUUGAUGUUACACAUUCGGCACAAAACAAGUCUGCUGAUAAAUCUCAUUCCACCAGAGAAUCCGCCCAACAUGGCCAAGAACAAACCACUGGUUUUCUCGGCCAGACAGGAGAAUCUGUGAAGAACAUGGCUCAAGGUGCUUUAGAUGGUGUUAAGAACAGUCUUGGCAUGAAUGAGAAGAAAUGAAUAUUUUACGUUUCAACUAUUAUAUUUAUUUACAUAUUUAAAUGUUAUUUCUGAUGUUUAGCAAUUUCUAUUUUCUCUAAAUUAUGUUUGUAAUAAUUAUUCUGUUUUUGAAAGAUUUUGUGAUCAUAAAAACUGAGAUGUAACAUACACACUAUAAUUUUACUUUUAAAGGAAUGAAACAAAUUAACAACACUCUUACCAUUAAAUUACAACGCUUUUGAUAAGCUUAACCCAAUGGAGAUCGAAGAGAAAUAAAGGAAGGAAUAAGGAAGAAGGACAGAAGAGAAGUUAGAAAGAAAGCUUAGGAUGAACAUCUUUUGAUUUUUUUUAAUUAAAUGUUAAGUUAAACU